CAGUGUCUAUCGCCAGCCUCAACGCGGUCCAGCUGACCUUCCGACAGACCGAUUACCUCACGACUCUUCACCGACCUGAGCCGAGUUCGACUGACAAGCACUUUCAAGUCCAAUACGAGCGCAGGCAAUCUAAAUUAUACCGGUUACCCUCGAUCCCAAUUCAAACUCGCGAAAAUGACCGGACGUGGAGGAGGCGGCGGUCGCAGGGUGCUGCUCCCACCCAUCAACUUUAUAUUCAAGCUUCUCCAACAACAUACUACCGUUCAGAUUUGGCUCUACGAACAGCUGUCGAUCCGAAUCGAAGGCAAGAUCAGGGGUUUCGAUGAGUUCAUGAACCUCGUCAUCGACGAUGCGGUUGAAGUGAAGCAGAUUACCAAAACCAACCUGGAGGAGAAGCGGACACCGCUGGGGCAAAUACUGCUGAAGGGCGACAACGUCUCGUUGAUCCAGAGUUUAUCGAACUAGAGAGGAAUCGAGUUGAGAAAAGGACGACGCCGCCGACGGCGAAGCAUGCUUUGGGGCGAUACACAAAAGUUGAUACCACGGGGUUGUCACCAUAAAGGCAAAGCUAGACGACGUAUAGCUAUUUGCUGCGGGAACUGUCUGCCGGCCUCUUGACCUCUCCGUUUCCCAGGAUCAGGCCAUGGAGUUGUUGGUCGUGCUGCGCCACAGGAACCGGGCCAUCUGAGGGCUGGGAGAGGAACUGCUCCGAUAGAGCCAGGCCGUAGAGCAAUAUAGGAUGCCUCAGGGACGACAACUCGCUGUACUUUGAUGCGUACCUUCUGAUAAAAA